UUUACUACCACAACCUCAAACUUACAUCCCAACUCCAUUUCUACUCUUUAUUGAUUAAAGUUGACAUGGCUGAAUCAUUUGUAUUUCAUAUUUCUAGUUCACUUCUAACAAAGCUUGGUUCAUAUGCGUAUGAAGAAGCUUCUCGAGCCUAUGGUGUGUAUAAAGAUCUCGAGAGGAUCAAAGACACUUUGUCAAUUGUCAGAGGUCUGUUGUUAGAUGCUGAAGAGAAGAAGAACCAACAACAUGCCCUGCAUGAAUGGCUGAGGCAGAUUCAUAACAUAUGCUCUGAUGCUGAAGAUGUAUUCGAUGGAUUUGAGUUGCAAGACAAGCGAAAGCAGGUUGUGAAAGCUUCUGGCAGCACAUGGAUGAAGGUAUGCCACUUCUUUUCUUCCUCUAAUCAACUUGCUUUCAAUAUUAAAAUGGCACAUCAAAUCAAAGAGAUUAGGGGUAGGUUGGAUAAAGUGGCAGCUGAUGGAACCGGGUUUGGACUUGUGAGAAUCAAUGUUGAACCCGGACUUCAUAUGCAAAGAAGAGAGUACACUUAUUCCCAUGUUGAAGCUUCAAAAGUAAUUGGGAGGGAGAAUGACAAGGAAGCAAUUAUCAAGCUUUUAAUGGAAUCCAAUCUUCAGGGUGAUGGUGGUAAAAGUCUUUGCGUUAUUCCCAUAGUGGGAAUUGGAGGAUUGGGGAAGACCACACUUGCAAAGUUGGUAUUCAAUGAUAAGAGGAUAGAUGAAGUUUUUCAAUUGAAGGUUUGGGUGUGUGUCUCCAAUGAUUUUGAUAUUAGGCACAUAAUUAUCAAAAUUAUCAACUCAACUGUUGCUCAUCAAGAAAACAUAAACCACUUUGAUAUUGAGCAGCUACAAAUUCGUUUAAGACAUAAACUUUCUGGUCAAAAGUUUAUCCUUGUGCUAGAUGAUAUAUGGAAUGAUGAUCGUGCAAAAUGGAUUGAAUUGUCAGAUUUGAUCAAUGUUGGUGCGGUAGAAAGUAAAAUCAUAGUGACGACACGUAGCAACUCAAUUGCUUCAAUGAUGGGCAUUGUUCCUUCAUAUGUUUUGGAAGGUCUUUCGCCGGAGAAUUGUUUGUCUUUGUUUGUGAAAUGGGCAUUCAAGAAUGGAGAAGAAGAAAAAUAUUCAAAUCUAGUUGAGAUCGGAAAAGAAAUUGUGAGAAAAUGUGCAGGAGUUCCGUUAGCCGUCAAAACAUUAGGAAGUUCCCUGUUCUCAAAAUAUGAUCUAAAUAAGUGGAUAUUCAUAAGAAACCAUGAGAUAUGGAAGUUAGAACAGAAGAAAGAUGAUAUUUUACCUGCAUUAAAAUUAAGUUAUGAUGAAAUGCCAUCCUAUUUGAAGCAAUGUUUUGCUUACUUUUCCUUGUAUCCCAAAGACAGUGUCUUUUCUAUCUCUGAAAUUGCUGAUAUUUGGAUAGCCCUUGGAUUAGUUCAAUCCAUGAAUGAAAGUGAAAAUCUACAGAAUAUUGCAAGAGACUAUAUAAAUGAGUUACUUUCAAGAUCAUUGCUUCAGGAUUUCUUUAUCACCGGGAACCGCGGCAGUUUCAAAGUGCAUGAUUUGAUCCAUGAUCUGGCAUUGUAUGUUGCAAAAGAGGAAUUUGUAAUAGUAUGCUCACAUACUCGAAAUGUAUCUGAACAGGCAAGGCAUUUAUCAAUCGUUGAAAAUGAUUCACUUGGCCAUGUUUUAUUCCCCAAGUCCAAAAUUGUAAGGACUAUUCUAUUUCCCAUUGAAGGAGUGGGCCUUGACAAUGAAACAUUGUUGAAUACAUGGCUAUCAAGAUAUAAAUACUUGCGAUAUUUAAAUUUAAGUUAUUCUUCAUUUGAGAUUCUGCCUAAUUCAAUUUCUAAAUUGGAGCACCUGCGUGUUCUCAUUCUCUACAAUAAUAGCAAAAUCAAAAGACUUCCUCAUUCUAUUUUCAAACUCCAUAAUUUGCAAGUCUUGCUGCUAAAUGGAUGCACAGAGCUUGAAACAUUGCCAAGAGGAUUAGGGAAGAUGAUCAGCCUUCAACAUUUGUAUAUAACCACCAAACAAUCAGUUCUGUCAUUGGCUGAAUUUGUUAACUUGAACCAUCUUCAGACUUUGGCUUUUCAAUUUUGUAAAAAUUUGAAGUUUAUAUACAAUGCGGAACAACAACUCACUUCCAUUAGAACAUUGUCUUUGCAAUCAUGUGGGAGCUUGGAAUCCUUACCUCUUCAUCUUUUUCCCAAUUUAGAGUCUCUAUUAAUUAUAGACUGCAACAUGUUAAAUAUGUCGUUGAACAACGAAAACCCAAUCCAAACAUUGAUGUUGAAACAUUUGCUUAUUAGGGAUUUUCCAGGGCUUUUGACAUUGCCUGAAUGGAUUGAAGGGGCUCUAGAAACUUUAGAGACCUUGCUAAUUUAUGAACUUCCUAAUCUUCAUACGCUUAAGUGUCUUACAACAAUGAUCCAUCUUAAAAGGCUUGAUAUUAUUCGUUGUCCUCAACUAUUGAGCCUUCCAAGUGACAUACAUUGCCUCACUGCGCUUGAGCAUUUGGUCAUAGAUGAAUGUCCUGUGUUGUGCCGAAAAUGUAAGCCGCAAUAUGGUGAGUAUUGGCCAAUGAUUGCGCACAUCAGAAUUGUUUUCAUUGGAGAACCAAUUGGACAAGAGGAGGAAUGAAGACAUCGACCUUGAAGGCGUUUCUUCCUCCAUUGUUGUAUCGAGCCACUUCGCCCACUCCCUCACUUUGCUCAUCGUGGGAUCAUGGGAAAGUGGGUGGUUACUUCCUGCUCUACAUGCGAUCAUUGGGAGAAGGAGUGGUGUUUCCUUGCUGGUUUGUGUGGUAAUGGGAUCAUGGGAUCAUGUUCCUUCGCUUGCCUUUUGAUCAAAGAAACUCCUUCUUCCCACCUUUUCUUGAUUUGAAUUGUUUGGACUUAAAUGUUGGGCUGUUCGUUAUUGGGCCUGAUAAAAUGAGCCUUGGAUCGUCGCCCAGUCCAACUACCAACGAUGAUGACGCCUUGUAUCACCUAGUUUCCAUUAGUUGUUGGUAGUAAUAUUUGUUAGCUUAUUGCUUCAUCUAACACUACAUCUUCUCAGUAACUUUAACCAUUUCUUUUAAAUGUUAUUUUUACUAAUAGAAUGAGUUCGCGGAAUUCUAAUAGUAACUUCAUGUAAAUUUUCAAACUGAUGUAGUUUCAUAAAAAGCAGAUAGGGAUAUGUUUGAUAUAUCAAUAAAAGUGAAGUUUUUUUGAAAGUGAUGUUUGCUUUAUAUACUGGACUAGGUAUGAUGAAGCUGUGGAAAUGGGAAAAGCAAAUUUGAAGGGACAUAUGCAGUAUAAGAUUCAUGGGUUGAGCAGGUGCAAGAUCCAAUUGAUUCUCAAAAUGUUUCUAUCAGCAUGUUUGAUGUAGCCAAAUAAUUGAUUUUUUUUUCAUCUGUCCUAUAUUUCCAGUAUUGAAAGAUAUCUGUAUGAAAACUUAACAUUUGUUGAAUUUGAGUGUGAUUUAAUGGGACAUGGAUUUUAUUAGCUUCAAUCAGUGAUAGACAAACAUUGCUUAAGUUGAUGUCAACUAUAUCCAAGUUUAUAAAUCUCUAAAAAUAAAUAUAAGUUAAUGUCAACUA